AUGCGCCUUCAACACGCCUCUCAAUUCUUCCUCGCUUUCUACAUCUUCCUCCGACCGCACUGCGUCCGGGCAGAACCUCAGUGCGCCAUAGACCCGGAUUCAAUCGUUACCGACGCAUGCACAUCAUAUUCAGAUCUCGAGAGGCUCAACGCCGAACUUUCCCCCUCCCUCGAAGAGUUGACCCAACACACCGAUUUCUUCGCCUAUUAUAGAUUAAACCUGUACAACAAAGUCUGUCCCUUCUGGUCUGAUGAAAAUUCCAUGUGCGGUAACCGCGCAUGCGCGGUGGAUACGAUAGAAGACGAAAGCGACAUACCGCCGAUAUGGCGAGCGGAAGAGUUGAGUAAGCUGGAAGGUGCCAGAGCGAAACAUCCUGGCAGAAUGCUGCAAAAAGAAAGACCCAAGAAUCGACCGCUACAGUACCAACUUGGCGAGAAUGUGGAUGAGAGUUGCGUGCUCGAGGAGGAUGACGAGUGUGACCAAAGAGAUUAUUGCGUCCCCGAGGACGAGGGCGCUGCCGCAAAAGGAGACUAUGUCAGUCUUGUCCAUAACACGGAGCGAUAUACGGGGUACUCGGGAAUGGGGGCGAAACAAGUCUGGGAUGCAAUUUACAAGGAGAACUGUUUUACUCCAAAGUCGCCUCGACAUGGGGCUCUGAAGCCGAAGCCACUUCAGGCGGCGCAAAAAUUAAAGAACAUAUUUCAAGAGUACGGGCGACAGCAUGUGGAUAACAGGGACGAUCUAUAUCCGCUGGAUGAUGAAUGCCUGGAACAGCGAGCCUUUUAUCGGAUUGUCAGCGGAAUGCAUGCGUCCAUUUCAACCCAUCUGUGCUGGGAUUUCUUCAAUCAGACCACCGGUGAAUGGGUCCACAACGUCGACUGCUACAAGGAGCGAUUACAUUCGCAUCCCGAACGAGUCUCUAAUGUCUACUUCAACUAUGCAAUCCUUACCAGAGCGAUCGCUAAGUUGAGAAAGCACCUCGAAUCAUACACAUUCUGCUCGGGAGAUCCAGAUCAAGAUUUCGAAACAAAACGGAAAGUCUUGGAGUUGGCUGACAAAGCUGUAGCUGGACCGCAUACCUUUGACGAGUCUGUCAUGUUCCAAGAUCCAGCCGUCCUUGAUCUCAAGGAUGACUUUAGAAGUCGAUUCCGAAACGUAUCAAGACUUAUGGACUGCGUGGGCUGCGACAAAUGUCGACUCUGGGGUAAAGUGCAGACGGCUGGCUACGGCGCGGCUCUGAAAAUCCUUUUCGAGUAUGACGAGAAUAAGAAUGGCGAGAAUCCGCACCUGCGAAGGACAGAGCUUGUCGCUCUUGUCAACACUCUCGGACGUGUCAGUCACAGUUUAGACGCCAUCCAGAAGUUUCGGAAGGCAAUCAACACUGGUGACUACAGCGUUUUGGAUAUCCAGGGCCCUCUUCCGAAUGCUGAAGAGACCAACGAGGAAGGCCAGGACAUCUUUGAACAUCUUGAAGAAGACAUUCAUGAGAAGCACCAAGCAUAUCCACAGAGAAGUCUCGUUGAAGAAUUCUGGUCAGAGCUUGAUCUGGUCUGGCGAGCAUACAAGCUGGUCUUGAGGAGUUGGGCGGAGAUGCCCUUUAAAUUUUUUGCCAUUUUUGUGAUGGAGAUGAAUCGACUGUGGAAUUUUUGGUUGGGGUUACCUGUCCCUGAUCGUUCGUGGGAUUUCCACUUUCCUACCAGGGAUGAAUUGUAG